CAAAGCCCCGCUUCUCACCCGUCUCUACUUGUAGAACGGCAAAACCCUAGAAUUCACUUCUCUUCCACCGCGCGCUCCUUUCAAUCUACUCCAGAGUUCCCUUCGUUCUUGAAAUCCCUCCUGCAUUUCCUCUUGUUUUUCGGAUUUAUUUUCUAUUUUUCUUGUGUUUUUGGUAGUAGUAAAGGUUUGGUUUAAUCUCUGUUGCGAUAUGUCAGACGAUGAGGUGCAGGAGAAGGAGUUGGAUCUCACCUCUCCUGAUGUUGUCACCAAGUACAAAACGGCCGCCGAGAUCCUCAACAAGGCUCUGCAGUUGGUGGUGUCAGAGUGCAAGGCCAAGGUGAAGGUAGUGGAUAUCUGUGAAAAAGGAGACGCCUUUAUUCGAGAGCAAACUGGAAAUGUGUACAAGAAUGUGAAGAAGAAGAUUGAGAGAGGAGUGGCUUUCCCCACUUGUGUCUCUGUGAACAAUACGGUUUGCCAUUUCUCGCCCCUUGCCAGCGAUGAGACUGUGUUGGAAGAGAAUGACAUUGUGAAAAUUGAUAUGGGGUGCCAUAUAGAUGGCUUUAUUGCUGUUGUGGCACAUACUUAUGUUAUUCAGGAUGGACCGUUGACCGGGAGGGCCGCAGAUGUGCUUGCAGCUGCUAGCACUGCUGCAGAUGUGGCAUUGAGGCUUGUACGGCCUGGGAAAAAGAACAAGGAUGUUACAGAGGCUAUUCAAAAGGUAGCUGCUGCAUAUGAUUGCAAAAUUGUGGAGGGGGUGCUCAGUCAUCAGCUUAAACAAUUUGUGAUUGAUGGAAACAAAGUAAUCCUUAGUGUGACUAGUCCUGAGACCAGAGUUGACGAUGCUGAAUUUGAAGAAAAUGAGGUAUAUGCAGUUGAUAUUGUCACAAGCACAGGUGAUGGCAAGCCGAAAUUAUUGGAUGAGAAGCAGACGACCAUCUAUAAAAGGGCUGUAGACAAGAAUUAUCAUCUAAAGAUGAAAACAUCAAGAUUUAUUUUCAGUGAAAUAAGCCAGAGAUUUCCCAUCAUGCCCUUCACUGCAAGAGCUUUGGAAGAGAAACGGGCAAGGCUUGGCCUGGUGGAAUGUGUGAAUCAUGAUCUCUUGCAACCAUUCCCUGUUCUAUAUGAGAAGCCUGGUGACUUUGUUGCUCAUAUCAAGUUCACGGUUCUGUUGAUGCCGAAUGGGUCCGACAGGAUUACCUCUCACCCACUGCAACCAUUGCAGCCAACGAAAAACAUCGAUGAUGAUCCUGAAAUCAAGGCAUGGUUAGCUUUGGGUACAAAGACAAAAAAGAAGGGUGGAGGAAAGAAGAAAAAAGGCAAGAAGGGUGAUGAUGCAGCUGAAGCUGAGCCUAUGGACAACAACAAUGAUGGUGCAUCUCAGCAAGAUUAGUCAUUUAAAAUGCUUUCUAAUCCUCUGAAUUGUUAUCUUCAUGCUUCUUGCUUGUCAGAAAAAUGAGAAAAAGCAGUUGCACAUUUCUCUUAGAUUGUGAUGAAAAUGUGGUCUUCCAAUCCUUCUUGACUCUUUCAAUGAACAGUUUCAAUUGCCAAAUAAAACUAUCUUCUUGUGUAAAUACAUACAUUGCUUUUUAUUUAUCAA